AUGUCUGAUUCAGAAGGAGAGCUGGGUAUUUUUGAAGAGCCCGAAGGCUUCUACGAAGCUGAAAAGGAACCCACCUUUGUGGAAUAUACUUUGCAAAGUGGUUUGAAGCUGAAUCUACGUCUGGUCGGCCAUAAUCCUCUUUGGGGCCAUUUUCUCUGGAACGCAGGUCGUACGAUCGCUCUGCACUUCGAAAGCAACCCUCAACUUGUCAAGUCCAAGACUGUCCUGGAACUCGGCGCUGGCGCUGGUCUGCCUUCUCUUAUUUCGGCACACCUCUCCGCUAAGCGUGUCGUUGUCACAGAUUAUCCUGAUGCUGAUCUUAUAACCAAUCUAUCCUACAACAUCAAAGCUUGUGCCCCAUCGUUCCCAAUUGUUGCCAAAGGAUAUCUUUGGGGUGCUGACCCCUCACCUCUGAUUGAGGAGGCCAGUCCAGAUAAGGGGUUCGAUGUCUUGAUCCUCGCCGAUCUGUUAUUCAAUCAUUCCGAGCACGGCAAGCUUGUUCAGACUGUUACGAAGUCUCUGAAGAAGGACGGUACCGCGCUUGUGUUCUUCACUCCGUACAGACCUUGGCUGCUGGAAAAAGAUCUGGCCUUUUUCGAUCUAGCAAAGGAGAACGGAUUGGUCGUUGAAAAGGUUCUAGAGAAAGUCAUGGACAAAGUCAUGUUCGAAGAAGACCCGGGUGACGAACUUCUGCGCCGAACCGUCUUCGGAUACGAGAUGAGAUGGGCAUAA